GCGAAAGCGCGCGUGUGAUGCGCUGCCGCUGAGAUGGCCGGCGCUCGGGCGCUCGUAGCCGCCUGCUGCUGCUGGUGGUGGCUGGCGAAAGCCGCCGCCACCGAGCUAGAUCUGCUGGGCGCGCUGUCGCUGCACAACACGUCGCACGCCGGCGUCAGCGCUGCGCAGGGCAUGCAGCCGCAGCGCACCGCCUACACCCUGGAAGGUGAUUCGCGGUCGCUGCAGGUAGAGGGAGCGACGUUCCAGCGCGCCGCGGAGCUGCUGCGCCGCUCGCCGGAGUUUACGAUCCUGGCCACGCUACGCCAGGAGCCCGCCAACUCCGGCACCAUAAUCUCAUUUUCCCACGGCUACAACAGGUACCUGGAGGUGCAGUCGAGUGGGCGCCGCGACGAGGUACGGCUGCACUACGUGGCAGCGGGCGCGGCGGCGGCGCGCGUCGAGACCUUCCCCUUCCGGCUGGCGGAUGGCGCAUGGCAUCGGCUGGCGCUGACAGUAUCGGGCGCACAGGCCACGCUGCUGGUCGACUGUCACCCGCUCUACCGUCGCCUCAUCCCACCGCCCGAUCGCAAUUUCUCCCAGCCCCAACUCGCGCUUUGGGUGGGGCAGAGGAAUAGCAAGCAUUCCCUUUUCAAGGGUACUCUUCAAGAAGUGAGAUUAGUGAGUGGACCUCACGGUUACCUGGUCCAAUGUCCUGGAUUGGAUUCAGAAUGUCCCACGUGUGGUCAAUUCGCUUUACUGCAGGCUACUGUGCAAGAACUUACGUCGCACAUCCAUGACCUUUCACUUAAGUUGGUUGGUGCUGAGGCCAGACUGGCACGGUUGGAGCAGUGCGACUGUCAGAAGUCGUGUUACUCCAACGGUACGGUCCACGCCGACGGCGCCACGUGGCAAAGAGACUGUAAUCGUUGCUCCUGUGUGCACGGCGAAAUAACGUGCAGGCCAGUAGAGUGUGAUAGAGUAGAAUGUAAGAAUCCAGUCCUGCAUCCAGGAGAAUGUUGUCCUACGUGUUUAAGAAGGUGUCUGCUGCAAGGCGAGUUGUACGAACACGGAGACCGGUACGCGCCGAAGGAAUGCGCGGAGUGCGUAUGUCACGACGGCAACAUGCAGUGCACGCGCACCGACCCGGACACCGCCUGCCCUCCGCUACCUUGCGACCCCGCAGACCAAUUCACAGUGCCAGGCGAAUGCUGCAAGUUCUGCCCAGGUGUUGACUACUGCAGUAUGGGACACUCGUGCGACGAGAAUGCGACGUGUAUGAAUCUCAAUACAAAGUAUACUUGCAAGUGUAAUCAGGGAUUUCGUGGAGAUGGACUUACCUGUGAAGAUGUGGACGAGUGCCAGGAGGCGGGCGGGCGAUUCGGCCACCACUGCCACUCGUUCACGCGCUGCGUUAACGUGGUCGGCGGCUACGUGUGCCAGUGCCUGCCCGGCUACACCAGGCGGGACAAGUUCAACUGUGUUGAGGUGGACGAGUGCCUGGGCUCGGCGCACGGCUGCCACGCGCACGCCGAGUGCACCAACACGCCUGGCUCCUACACCUGCCGCUGCCGGGACGGAUACACCGGCGACGGCUACACAUGCACGCCGAUCUGCACGGGCGGUUGCCUGAACGGCGGCGUGUGCGCGGGCCCGGAGCGGUGCGCAUGUCCGCGCGGUUUCGGCGGCGCGCGGUGCGAACGCGAUGAGGACGAGUGUGCGGCGCGCGACGCAUGUGUGCCGCGCGCGCUCUGCGUCAACACGCCCGGCUCCUAUUACUGCGUGUGCCGUGACGGGUACCGCCGCGACCCGCACCGGGAACACUGCCAAGAUGUAGACGAGUGUACAGAAGGAAUGCACACGUGCCACAACAGCGCGCGCUGCGUCAACACUGAGGGGAGUUUCAAGUGUGAAUGUGAUACGGAACCAUGUCAAUUAAGCUGCCUAUGGCAAGGGCGCGAGGUGGCAGACGGCGCGCGGUGGCCGGAGGGCGGCGGGUGUCGCACGUGCUCGUGCGCUGCGGGCGUCGCCUCCUGCGUGCGCGCGCCUUGCUCCUGCGACAUCUCCGGCAACACUUCGCUUUCGCUGGAGAGCACAGAGUCGCUGCCGCGCGCGCCGGCGGCUUGCUGCCCGCACUGCGAGCCGCGCUACCGCUGCCGGCACCAGGAGAUGCACCACGUCACUUUCCGCAGCGGCGAGCGCUGGCUCUACCAGUGCCAGAUCUGCGAGUGCCUUUUGGGUGAGGUGGACUGCUGGGAGCCGGAAUGCGAGGCGGCCGGCGGCGGGUGCUGCGCGGACGCGGGCGGCACGUGGCGCGCGCCGCACCGCCUCGAGCUGGCCGGCUGCGCGCCGCACUGCCCCGCCUGCCAGGUACCGCCCCACUGCGCUCCACACCACGUCACACCAUAUACCAGGACAUAGUCUCCUUCAUAAAAUGAUCAAGUGGCGUCUCCCGAGGUGAAGGCCUCCAGCAUGCCUGCAGGAGUGAUGGAUCUUUCAAAGCGGCGGUAAUGACAAACCAUUAAGAUGCGGAAAUUCCAUGGAAUCGAUUUCCUCGUCUCCCUUCCGCCUGACGUCAACAGUUUCCGAGGGUUUAUAGAAAUUUACUAAAUCUAGACGCUGGUGGUUACUUCGAAGUAAAAUAAUAUCUUUUACACGAUAAUUCUUAAAUAUACUUAGAGAUUUUCUGGAUAUUAAAGUGCUGUGUUGAGCUUUUUUCAUGCGCUUCAUAUACUUAAAUAAUGGCUGACCUCGCAUUUCAUACCAUUGCUUCGGAAUCGUGUGUAUUGUAACAACUAAUAUAUCAUAAAAUAUUAGAUAACUUACCGCAAACAUAAAAGCUGAAUUAAUUCCGGUGUACAGGAUGAGGAUGAGCGCGGUUUUGCUUUUGUGCUUUCAGUGCAAUGUGCAAAUUGAGCGAAAAUUGUGGCAAUGAUUUUGUCCCUAUAAAAAUAAAAUACCUCCUACGAUUGUAAACAUAAAAAAGCGUUUGCUUGUCGGCGCCGCUCGUCGCUGUGCGGCGGUGUGGUGCCAUGUGGUGUCAUGUGGUGUCAUCUUGUGUCUGUGUGUGAAGGCAGUUUGCUUGUUGCAGGGCGGGCAGUGCGCCACAUUGGUGAGCAAUCUCGCGUGUUGUGUGCAUCGGUAACCAUUCCCACUCUUCUUAUACAUUCAUACAUUUGCUAAAUUAACAAUUACUUUAUGUGCUUACGUCUUCGAUUUAAUUCACAAUUCGUUAAUCAUAAUGAACGGAAAUGCUUAAUAUAAUUAGACGAUUUACACUUUUAGAGCGAUUUUUUUUUAAGUUAAAUCGAAGACAUAUUCAUUUCAUUUUCGUCGUCAUUUUGUGUUGCAUGUUUUAUACUUUCCUUGUCAUGAUCAGGCAUGGUAAUUUCUUUGUCGAUUUGCAUAAGACGUCCCUAAACGACUGCUACGACAUACGAGCAUGUUGGUAUAGUUAUGAUUCCUACAUAGAGUCUUCCAUGCAUCAAGUUCAUACAAUCAUUUUAAGUUUCCGAUUCCAUUUUAUUUCACUAGAAUUACUGUAGACGUAAUCGUUAUUCAAAAAUCCGUUACAAAGUAUUACAGUGAUCGAUAUAGAUCGAGUUAUGGGUCGAUUUUAAGUAUCCAUUAACUAAUUGUAAUUAAACAAAUAAUAUAGAAACUGCUUGUGAUAAAAUGAAUAGUCAAUAUCGUAAAUAUUCAAUUAAUUCUCGUAUUGUAAGAUAGGGCUGAGCUGACAUUCUACUCUUAGAGUUUCACAAUGCUACCAGUAAGAUUAGAUAAAUUUUAAGUAUGUUUAUAAGCCUGAUCUUACUUAAGGUUAAUUUGGACGUAUUCCAAGCGGUACAGACAGCAAAAUAUGAUACUGAGAGGGCAAUAUGACAGUGUUUGGAUUAUAUUUUUAAAAUGUAAUCAAGAUGGCACAUCACGUUUGUAACGCAAGAUAUAGUCCAAGUUAACUUGACUCACGCGAGCUUCAAUAUUGUUAA